AGAGUCAUUCUCUGUAAGCAUCAAAAUCAUGUGGAAAUGACAUGUCACAGAAUUGGUUCAAAAUUUGUAAAAAUGUUCUAAUCGUUGAGAUAUGCCAAAAUAUACAUCAAGUUCCGCAUAAAAUUUUGUGGUUGCUAUGGUAACAGCUUGGACAGUUUUCGGUCCAUUUUUGUAAGUCAAAAAGGCUAAAAAUAUGCAAUUACAAUUGAAUGUGUAUGGCCUUUCAUAAAAUAAAAAGGAAAAAUAUGUUUGUUGUUAUGACUAAGUAUGGUUAUGACAUAUUCAAAAAAUGCAUUAAGAAAAAUAUAUUAUUUAUUAGUUUUGUCAAGAACUUAUCCCCAAAAAUUGGCAAAUUCCUUGUAUAUUGGGAGUCCCAUUUUACCCUGUUUUGAAAGCUUUGAGAAUUUUCAACCCAGAUUUUCCAGAUAUAGCUGAAUUUAUUUUUAAAUAGUUGAACCAUUGAAAAAGCAAAAUACAAAAAAUUGGGAGGGGUAUAUUUGAAAAUUUUGCACAAAUCAAUUUUUUCGAAACCAAGGUUUUGGAAAUAACUGUUUCAAAUUUUAAUACCAAUAUACUAUUUAAAUUGAUAAAGCUGCUUUAUUUGUCUUGAAAUUCUUUACACUGCUUUCUGAAAAUUUUUUUUUUUUAUCAAAUCAAGUCAAAAAAGGGUUGAAUUUAUAAAUUGCAAUAAAAAAAUCCCUUUUAGUUACCUCUGUGUAGCAGGAGUAGCUUCCCCUGAAUUACUCUCCAAACAAGAUAGUACAAAUGUUCUAUGUAUGUCUGCUGUCAACAAACUUUAAUAAGAUGACAAUAUAUUUUGUAAAGUAGUAUGAAUUGUACCAUGAAUUGUGAUUUGUUUAACAUAAACAAGACUAUUUUUGAUAAUUCUAAUUGCUCAUCUGAACUAUUUAAAUUACAAUCAUUUCAUGAAUCAGAUAUUGUAAUUAUUUUGACUGAAGCCGGUAUUUUGCCACACAACUUUAGACAGUCAGAACUUUCCGUAUGUUCCACUCAUUCUAAUCAAUUGCUUAAACGAAAUGAAGUUCGGAAGAGGAGAGCUCUGUGUAUGGUGCCCAGGGUUAUAAGUACCCACCCAGAUGUAGACCAUUCAGAGAAGGGGUCGGGUCGAGCAGCUAGUAUUGGAAAAAGAAAAAGCUCUAAAUACUUGGCAGAAAGAGACAUAGUUGUUAUUCAAAAAAACCUUGGUAUCAUUUUACCUGUUGGAACUCCUUCCUGUGUAUCAUGUAAAGUCAAAAUCAAAGAUAUGGAUGAGAUGCCGUCGUCUGUUGAUCAGCAUUUGAAGAUGCAGGAUUCUGAAAUUGAAGACAGGAUACCUGUUAUAGAAGAUACCAUGUCUAGAAGAAUGCAACAGCAGGUGACUGAACUUUCACAGAAAAGAGACCACACAAGUUCAGAAGAUUUUCAUUAUUACCUUAGAGAAAAUAAACCAAAAAUUGUCCUUCAUGAUGUCAUUGAUAUUGAAAGUACAGACCAUAUCAACUUCUCUCAAAGUUUAGAGUCACAUGAAUCUCCCUUCAGUAGUCAGCAAACUUAUUUGCAAACAGAUAGUCUCACUAAGCUUAAUGAUUUUUUAAAGACCAAAGGAAUUCAGCCAUUAGUUUUACCACAACAUGCCUGGGGAACAUAUAGUCAGAAAACAAAGAAAUCAUUUGUACAUAAACUGUUUUCAUGUUUCACUGCUGUCACUGAAACAAUGUUUCCAAAUGAAAGUGAUGAAAUUCUUAAAGAAAUUCUGAAGGCUUCUGAAGUGAUUGAUAAGGAAACUGACGUGAAUUCUGAUGUUGAGUUAUGUCAAGCUUUGGUUGAAUCUUACAAGGUUACAGAUUCCUGGCAAGUGAGAAGACAGAUUCUAUCAGUUAUUUGUCAAAAACUGAGUUUUAAAAACACAUGUGAACUUAUAGAUGGUUUGACAGAAUACCGAUAUUGUACAGCUAAAAAACAUGCAAGUGUACAAGGUUGUGCAUUACCACCAGAACAGGGCAACAAAGGCAGACAGAGAAUGGAUCCAUCCAAGUUGGAUAAUUUCUUGGAUUUUAUCACAUCGUCUCAUAUUAUAAAGGAUCUUCCUUUCGGAGAGAGGAAACUGAAGCUAGCUGAUGGAAGAUCAGUUGAUACACCAAAUGUUAUCCGAUGCAUGGCACCAGCAGCAAUUAUUGACCAGUUUAAGCAGUACUGUAGUGAGAAUGAAGUAACGCCAUUAGGAGAUAGUACCAUGUUCAAAAUUCUGUCUGAAUGUGCUGCAACAGUGAGGAAAUCCUUGGAAGGUCUGGACUAUUACAUUACUGAGGGCGUUAGGGCUUUUCAGGACAUACAGAUAUUUUUAGAGGAACUGAGACGAACUGGAGAUUUAUCAGCAGAAGUAUUCAAGCGCCAUAUGGAUGUCCUUCUUGAGUGCAAAAGAUACCUGAAAACUGAUUACAAGGUUCAUAUAUCUAGUCAGUCUACAGUACCAGACCACUGCAAAGUAUUUGCAUUAUCAGAUCAUAAAGACCAGAAUUUCAAUUCAAAAUGUUUGCAUGAACAUGACAGUGUUUGCCAGAAUUGUGAACAAAUCAGCGAAUUUCUUAGUUCUGUCCAACAUUUGAUUGAAGAAGAAACUAUAGAUGAUCAAGAUAUAUACAGAUACAAAAUCAAUCAGGCAGUCAUCAGCAUCAACAGCUGGAAGCAACACAUUUGCAUAUAA